AUGACUGCUGGUGCCCCACCGCUGCAGCCAACCCCUCAAUCAGUUCAGUUCCGAUGGGGAGAGAGAAUGGUUGAUGGAGUUGGGGUUUUGUGGGUACUCGUGAGUAAACAGUUACAAAAGAAUGCGGAGAAUGGCAGACGACCCGAUAAGAUUCCUCAACCAUUGUCGAUGCUAGAGAAGAAAUCAAUCAGUCAACCAGAUGAUGGCCACUGUAAUGACCACCCGGUGGAUAUCUUGACAACACUUCAUAGCGCUCCGCCCCCUCCCUCCUCCUCAUCCUCCUCCAUCGAGUGGUUCAGGCAUCGAGGCGGUGGGAUGGGAUGGUCAUCCCGACCGUGCACGGUAAUUGAGCCGCCAGGAAUACACGCUCAGAUGUAG